GGUUCUACUUCCGGUGCCGCGGCUGCGGCGGUAACGCCUGCGACAAAGGAGCAAAAGGCUUGGGGCUGUCGUACGUCGCCGCUGACAUGGAGACUUUGUACCGGGUGCCCUUCGUGGUCCUCGAAUGUCCCAACCUGAAGCUGAAGAAGCCGCCCUGGGCCCACAUGCCGUCAGCUAUGACGGUGUACGCCUUGGUGGUGGUGUCUUAUUUUCUCAUCACUGGAGGAAUAAUUUAUGAUGUCAUUGUGGAACCUCCUAGUGUUGGAUCUAUGACAGAUGAACAUGGACAUCAGAGACCAGUUGCUUUCUUGGCAUAUAGAGUAAAUGGACAAUAUAUUAUGGAAGGACUUGCAUCCAGUUUCCUGUUUACAAUGGGAGGUUUAGGUUUCAUAAUCCUAGACCGAUCCAAUGCACCAAAUAUUCCCAAACUCAAUAGGUUUCUUCUUCUAUUCAUUGGUUUCGUCAGUGUCCUCUUGAGUUUCUUCAUGGCGAGGGUGUUCAUGAGAAUGAAGCUGCCGGGCUAUCUACUGGGUUAAGAGUUUCUUUUGUGAAGACACCACAAUAACUGGAUUUUGAUCCUUUUAAUGACAUGCCCUUCAAGGACAAAAUUUGGAACAUGGAUUGUCUAUGUCUCAGAAUGACAAGGAAAGGUCUGGUGUAAAAAUGCAAAAGGUUUAGUUGAUUUUUUGGAAAAAAAUCCUUUGGUCCCAUUGAUGUGAUAAGCUUAUAAUAAUACCUUUGUUUCUCUAUAUCGACCUACCACUCAUGUCAUGUAAAUAACAUCUGUUCUCUUUGGUUCACCCCCUCCCAUUUUUGAGAUAAACUAUUUUCCUUUGUAUAAUGAAAGUAUUGAAUAAAGUAUUUUGUUAUUUCUCACAAGCCCAUUUAUAAAUUUCACUUUUUAGGAAAAGGCACUUCUGGUGAAGAUGUACACAAGUAAAUUCAGGGAGCUGGAGCCUCCAGGCUGAUAACUAUCCAGGAGAUUAGUUUUUUCUUGAUCCUUAAUUAUUUUAAGUAUAGCUUUCAAAGUCUGGUUUUAUGUGAGACUGUGUUCCCUAAGCCCUAGCUUCUUAAAACUAUGGGUUGUGACCCCAUAUGCAGUUGUAUAACUGAAUUUGGGGGCAGCUAGGUGGCGCAGUGUAUAAAGCACUGGCCCUGGAUUCAGGAGGACCUGAGUUCAAAUGC